AUACAAGGAAUCAGGAUAUGUGGCAUGGAGCCUUGAAUGCUUGGUUGGUUAUGGACAAUUACAAGUGUUGGGUGAUUAGUGGAUAAAUCAAGAACCUACACUAACAUGUUUAUUUAAUUACACGUGCAUGGUUUGUGAGAGGAGCUUCUAGGCAUAUAGCAGCGCUUUAGUAACAGGGGUUCCUAUAACCCUUGCUGCAAUUGUAAAAUUUCCGUAAAACAGCAGUUUUAUCCAGCGGUUAAAACAACCGCUGUAUAUUUUCAAUUAAUUAAAAAUAGAAUUUUCUAAAUGCCUAACGUGCUCGUCUCUCAAUACGAAAGAAAAAACAAAAAUGAAAAGUAUUCUAGCCUCUUCCACUCUGUUCUCUCGUAAACAAAUCCCUAACCCUAACAAUCAUGUCUCAACUCUUCCGAUCCCCGCCGACUUCAAUUUCUCCAUCGACUUUGGCGAUCCCUCUCCCACCUCUACAAUGCUCAAAAGCGGCAGCACCUUCUAUCACGGAGCAAUUUCAAUCGUCUCUUCAGUUCAAGAUACGUUUCCUCUAACCUUUUAUUCAACUGAUUUUCUCCCCAAGUUUGUCUCAAUUCAUGAGACGGACGCUGUAGCUCUAAAUGAUCGACGGCAGCUAUGUUAUUGAGAGCUCAACGCUCGCUUUCUCACGCUGUCUGUAGUAUGAACGAGCUUAACUACUCAGGGGAGGUUCACUAACACCUCGAUCGGGGAGCAUGCAGUGGUAGGGGGAAUGCAGCGAACAGAGGUAAAAGGGUAGUAGUGAAUCGAUUAUGUUGAUUGAUUCCUUCCUGAUUGAAUGCUUGUCUCCGUAUCCACUCUUCCAUUCAUAAUUGGUUUCUAGUUCAUUGUCGCCAGUGAGUUCUCGCAUCAUCUGCUAGCUUUUGACUUUCUUUAGCAAUAGCUCUAAGUCAUGUACUUGAUGACUUUAAUUUUUCUGUUUAUUGGUACAAAAAGAUUAGAUGGUGGCGCUCAUUUGCUAGUAUGGGAAAAGGUUAGGAUGUGAUUUCGAAAUCCAAGGUCACCGACGUGUUUUGUUUCUUCUUUCCAUAGUGUAGAAACCCUUUAGCUCAGUGGGGAAUAAGGUAAUUUUAGAUUACAAAACUAGCACUCUAGGGGUGAAAGUGGUUGUUUCUCUCGAAUGAUAGAUUUUACUAACCUCUCUGCUUAUCUUAACUUUGUGUUUCUAGCUCUGAAUAUGGUUGUUGUGCAUGUAUGGCUUUGUAGCUGUAGGUGGUAUGAAUGGCUUAUAAACUCACCUCCUAUCCUUUUAAGAGUUUAGACCUUCAUCAAAAUCCACCCGUAUAACGAUUAAUAUAUGCUGGAGCAGCUAGCUGCUGAUGGUGCAACGAUCUUCUUCUCCCAUGUUAACUAUACUAUAUCUGGAGUGCUUCGGUUAGGGUGCAUCAUAGAUUCAAAACCCCUCUGCACUGGAAUAUUAACCCCAUACUGCAAACCUAGAUGUAAUGCUAGAGGAAAAAUCAAGUGGUUAGGUAAAACAUACACAUGGAUCCCAGGUUUAUUAGCUGUUCUCUUAUGCUAAUUAGUUGUUUUCUGGUCCGUAAUGUUUGACUCCCAAGAUUUAAACCCAAUUGGGUAGCUAGUAGUUGUCGUUUAUCUGAGAUAUAUGUAGUGAAUGGUACCAUUUCAGUUAGGUUAACUCUUAUAGCAUUAUGUAGUAUUUGAGUGUGCCCUUUACCAAACAGCUACAUUUAAGCAGGUAAUUAUCCUCGCAUGGGAUCUAAGCCAUGUCCCCUUGUUCUCUCUUCUCAAUACUUGGUUUCUCUCUUCUGAUGUGUUGCUUUACAGCCAUCAGCAACAGAAAAUGGUCCUUAUGACUACACUAGAAGUGGGAAUCCUACUUGGGACGUUUUAGAAAGGUGUAUUUCUUCAAUCUUAUACGGUUUAUAUGUAAUUGCUUUUGUCUGAAUACAAAUCAUUGCCUAAUAUUGCUUAUAUUUACGUGUUACAAUUAGAACUAUGGAACAUCUGCUGUCUGUUAUUCUGCUAUUUAUUGGUUAGACUGAAAACAGAGAGCUAAAGCAGAAAGUAAUUUUCUCCACCAUUUUGGAUUUGUGUACUUGCUUAUCACUCCUCCAUUGUUGCUUUUCCAACUGAUUAUGAGUCCGGAUUGUUGAUUUUAGGAUAAAUUUGUCCCUAAAAUUGCCUAAUUUGUCAACUUAACACAAGUGUCUUCAUGUGUGCUUGUGGGAAUAAAUUAUAUAGUUUUGACUCUUGCAUUACUCUUUACAUGGUGUAGAAAUGAGAAGAGACAUUGAGGUUCAAGGUUCUAAGUUCAUUAUGCAAAAGAGAGCGCAUCUUAUUGAAGCAUAUAUAUGAGGUUAAAUCUUAUAUCUGCUGCUCUGCCAACAUUUUUCUCUUUAUAUUAAAGAGUUAACGGAAUUCAUACUCCCCAUGAGUAUUUCAAGAACGCUACCUGAUCAUUUCUGCACCUUCAUUAAAGAGUAUUUCAAGAACGCGACCUUGAUUCAUCUUGUUGGCUGUUGAAUCUCCUAUACCACAUCCCGUUAUAUUGCAUCCUGUUAUAUGACACUUUUCUAAUUUUGUUUCCAGGAUUGAUACUGCUCUUAAUUUAGUUAGGGUCAAUGGAGAGUUCACUUCGUGCAUCUUCGUCAAGCCAAACUGGUGUGCGGGUAGGGAACUCAAAACAUACAUCUCUAUUAUAAAAAUGCCCAACUACAAGGCUGCAUUCAUUGAAUUUGUCUUUGAAUUAGAUUUGGGUUUCCGAUAGUGAAUUGAGCUGUUAAAUGUUGCAUACCUCGUAGGUACUUUUUGGUUGCUGUCAUAUCAGAAGGUAUGAUUCUUUUACUCUAUCAUUAUAGUUUAUAGCUUUUACCCUUAAUCUCUCUUUGCUCCUUCACCACUAUCAAGAUAGACCCUGAUGUUUGCUGGAAAUUGUACCCUUUAUCGUUCAGGGGCCAUAACCUAAACAGUUUGCAGCUCUGUGGAGUUAUCUCGGCCAAUGGUGGUAAGUACUUUUAUUCUUUGUUUAUUGUUUACCUGAAAGUUUCUGCUUGAUAUAUUGAAGUGUAAGCAGCUAGCAUGAUGAGUGAUAAAAAAAUUUCUGGUAUUGGGGGUUGUCCCAAUUCUUUGUUUGCUAUGCUCUUUGGGCAAGGACCAAGUAGAUGUGAUUUGUGAGAGAAUUCAGUUUUCAGAAUUUGAGUUUUCUUGCAGUUGGGGAAAUGGUUCUUUCUGUAGCAUUGUGAUCUUUUAAAGUGAUUUUCAUAUCUCAGCUCUCUGUUUAUUUGUCUUCAUUGUUUUGUGUUUCCAUGUGGUCGUUUUUGUAUGUUGGAAUUCAACUAGUAGCAGUGACAAUGAUUUUUUGGUUUUUGUUUUUGUUUUGUAACAGGUUAGUAUGGCUUGCAGUGCAGCUAAUGGGUUACUAGAAGACAUCAAAGUUCAAUAUUAAGAAUUUUGUUGGAAUUUCUAUUUUUGUUGAAGUUUGAUAUUAUUAGAUGGUUUAUGUGAAAAUAAAAAUAUAGCACAGAAGAAAAGUUGUGGUAAAAUACUGAAAUCCACUUUUGAUUGGUUGUUAAUUAUAUCUGGUUUCCCAUGAGUGCUCUUAAACGUUGGACAAAAAAUUGCUAGUAACAGG